UGUCACGCCAUGCCAAAAUACCGUAACUCUAUUUCUAGUUACAAAUAGAAGAGAAAAAAGGCCCAAAGAACGAAUAGAUUACAGAAGGCCCAAUAUCGGAGAGGAGUCCCAUAAUUCAGUGCACUAAACGGAGAUUAACAUUUUCAGAUGAAUCGUUUUCCCGAUAAGAAUUCACCGGAAAAUGAAACCAUUAAUGGCAUCCAAUCGGGUUCUUACAAAGAGGGGCAAGCUAGAAACUUAACAGUAGAGCCAGUAGUGAUUGGGGGAAUGGUGUUGGAUGUAAAUGCCACAUCUUCCAUGCCUGCUAAUCCAGGGACCUCCACUCCUGGAAAGGUUAUCUUUUCAUUCGGUGGUGUGGCAAGGAAUGUUGCUGAUUGCAUCUCAAAGCUUGAAGCAAGACCAUUCAUGAUAAGCGCCGUUGGAUUUGACAUGGCAGGAAAUUUGCUACUGGGACAUUGGGAAUCUGCUGGAUUAUCCACAGAAGGUAUUCAGAGAAAUCGCAAUAUUGAGACUGCUGUUGUUUGCUAUAUCUUUGAUGAGAAAGGUGAAGUGGCAGCUGGCGUAGCUAGGGUAGAAUCAAUUGAAAAGUUUCUCACCCCAAGGUGGAUUGAAAAGUUCAAGUGCAAAAUAAGUUCUGCUCCAAUAUUGAUGGUGGAUGCAAAUUUGACUUCUUCUUCUCUUGAAGCAUCUUGUCAAAUGGCUGCUCAGUUUAAUACUCCAGUCUGGUUUGAGCCUGUAUCAGUCGCCAAAUCUAGAAGAGUUGCUUCAGUUGUCCAGUAUGUAAGUUUUGCAUCACCUAAUGAAGAUGAACUUAUUGCCAUGGCAAAUGCCAUAUCCGGCAGAGACAUAUUUCAUACAAUUCGGAAAGAUCAUGGUACUAUAAAGCUGUCCAAGGAAUCUUUGUUCCAAAUGCUUAAACCUGCAAUAUGGCUAUUGCUGGACAAAGGUGUUAAGGUAGUUGUUGUAACGCUUGGAUCACAUGGGGUAUUCUUAUGCUCCAAUGCAAAGUCCAAUCUUGAGAAACUUGUUUUCAAGGAAAACCAACCCUCUCACUUCAGUAAACAGUUAUACGAAGCUAUUGAUACAGUUUGUCCAAGGGAUCAGCUUUUUGGUACUUCAAAGUGUGGGCCGAUCUCAAAUCUUUUUGCUGUCCAUUUUCCUGCACUUUCUGCUUCAGUAGUGAGGCUUACAGGUGCUGGAGAUUGCUUAGUUGGUGGGAUGAUAGCUUCGUUGUGUGCUGGUUUGGAUGUCAUGCAAAGUGUAGCAGUUGGGAUUGCAGCUGCUAAAGUUGCUGUUGAAGUAGAAAGCAAUGUUCCUGCAGAGUAUUGUUUGGCCAGACUAGCAGAUGAUGCAAGGUCUGUAUACUCUGGUGCUACGAUACUUCUGUGUCAAUCCAAGUUGUAGUUCACCAAGAGUGGGAGUGAAUCAGAAUCUCCAUCAUCAUCAUCCGAAUAGCAAUCUGGAGAAGAGCUGAACUCGACCGAUGAUUCUGAACUAGUCUGGUAUUGUUCUUCAUUGUCAUCAUCAAGAGAUUGUGAAUUCCCAUCAGGGUUCAUUGAUUCAAGUUUUGAGAUUUCAUCCUUGCUACAUUUUUGCUUCAAUUCUUGCUGCUCCAUUAGAAAUAUUUACAAAAUCAAUGUAGUUUAAUAUAUUAAACAAUAGCAUGUUAGCUAUCAUUUUUAUCAGGCAAUCAAUUAAGUUUCUUA